AUGGGUUCCAUUAGCACCCCUCAGACGCUUUCAAUUGUGGAAGCCACGAUUGCCGACCUUGAAUCAGCCUUGUCUCAAGGCCGCAUCAACAGUGUCGAGCUGACGGCCAAGCAUCUGCUCCGUAUCGCGAAAUAUGACCGCCGUUCCACACUUCUCAAUGCAAUCCCGCUCAUCAACGAAAACGCCUUCGAGGUCGCCCAGGCCUCAGACCAGCGACGUGCCUGGGGCAAAGUCAACGGCCCUCUGGACGGCAUCCCAUGCACCAUCAAGGAUUCGUACAAGGAACAGGGCAUGACGGUAGCCGCUGGCUCGCCUGCUUUCAGGAACUUGGUUGCAAGUGAGGACGCGUUCACAGUCAAGAGACUCAAGGAUGCCGGCGCGGUAGUUUUGGGCCGGACGAACAUGCCGCCCAUGGCCGCAGGAGGCAUGCAGCGCGGCGUCUAUGGUCGUGCCGAGUCGCCCUACAACGCCAAGUAUCUGACAGCUGCAUUUGCCUCGGGGUCUUCCAACGGUUCCGCGACAGCGACUGCGGCAAGCUUCGGUGUCUUUGGCAUGGGAGAGGAGACGAUCUCGUCGGGUCGCUCGCCUGCUUCGAAUAACGGCCUGGUGGCGUACACUCCGUCACGGGGUAUAAUAUCCAUUCGGGGAAACUGGCCGUUGUUUCCUUCCUGCGACACUGUGGUGCCUCACACGCGGACGGUUGAGGACAUGUUCUCUGUUCUGGACGUCAUUGUUGCCAAAGAUGACAAGAAGUCCUGCGACUUUUGGAGAGAGCAGCCAUAUGUGCAGCUCCCAGAUGUCGACAGCAUCCGACCCAAGUCGUACCAGGAGCUCUCCGACGACAAGGCUCUCAAAGGAAAACGAGUUGGCGUUCCAAAGAUGUACAUUGGCGGACUCGACUCAGACCCAGCCGCACGCAAGGUUCACACUCAGCAAUCCGUUGUUGACCUUUGGCGCAACGCCAGAAAGAUUCUUGAAGACCUCGGGGCCACUGUGGAAGAAGAAGACUUCCCCGUUGUGACGAAGUUUGAGAAUCAAGGGUCAGAAAGCACUCAAGACGGCUCCGCCGACGGCAUUGCGCCUCCCCACCACAAUGAAUUCGACAUGUGUCAACUGAUGGCCUACGCAUGGGACGAUUUUCUCGCCGACAACGGUGACAAGAACGUUGCCGUCAGUCUUGCCCAAGUGGACUCGGCGACCAUAUUUCCUCGCCCGCCGGGAUCGAUCCCCGACAAGUACGCGUCGGAUGACCCACUUGUCCGGCAUACCGACGUUGUUGCACAUGUUACCAGCGGUCGCGUCGGUACUUAUGACAUACCCGGUCUUGCAAAGGCCCUCCAAGGCCUCGAGGCCAGGCGUAAGGCGGACUUUGAGGACUGGCUUGAUGGACGCGGUCUCGAUACGGUCGUCUGGCCGUGCAACGGCGAUGUCGGGAAGGCGGAUGCGGACGUCAACGAGGCUUCGGCGGUGGACGCAUGGCGCAACGGUGUGCUUUACUCGAACGGCAACUGCGCGAUCCGUCAGUUGGGAAUCCCGACGGUCAGCGUACCUAUGGGAUUGAUGUCUGAUACGGGCAUGCCGGUCAACCUCACCUUUGCGUCCAAGGCAUAUGAUGACAGCAAUCUGUUUCGGUACGCCUAUGCUUUUGAAAAAGCCGGUCGACUUCGACAAGCGCCUCCGAGGACGCCCGAGCUGACAACGGAUGCUGUCCAAUUGCUCAAGGGACAGACGAAAAUGGGUAUGUCACCGCCUGAGUUGACUGUGAGUCACGCCGCUGUGAUUGAUGCCAAGGAUGGCAAGAAGCUACGCAUCUCAGGCGGUGUCGAGAAAGGAGUGGUACACUGGUUGGGCAUCUCAAUUGACGGUGACGACUUUGAAGAGGUAGAUGUUACGAAGGGAGAAUGGGAGGCGGAACUCGGUAGACUCAGCGCAUGGGAAGGUCGACCUGAGGAGAAAGGGGUUCCGGACCCAGCCAAGUCGAUGGUUGUCCUUCUUGCCCGAGGGCAGAAUGGAAGAUCUACGGGGAAGAUGCUGUUUGUAUAG